GAGGUAACUCGCAAUGCAUUUGACAGCUGACUCACGAGAAAUGUGUAUCAGAUGGAGGAGGUGUAAGCAGGACCUGCCCAUCAGCAGAAGUCAACAAUGAUCAAGGCUGAAGAUGGAUGAUGGGACAGUUUCCAUGGUUACCGAAAUGCUGAAUCUAUCUCUGCAAGAUAAUCCUUGGUCCUCCACUUAAGCUGUGUUAAAUAGUUCGUCUUUUCAACUGAACGGAUGACUUUUUUUAAAGCUUUUUUUUAUUCAAAAGCAACAGCUUUUGACCAUUAUUACAAAUGAUUGAAAUGUGCACAAUGGGGCCAAUAUGCUUAAUAUCCAAAUGCACUUUGUGAGAAGACACAUAUGUACAUAUAGUUCUUAUAUAUGAAAUAGUAUGAUGGCAUAAUGUUUAUAUGAAACAUUCACAAUAUAAGGCAUCUAUUUUUAAAUGUUAACCUCAGUCUUUCAUUAGCUUUAGUCUGUAUGGAAAUAUAUGGACAAAGUUACUGGUGACACUGAAAAGAGUUGUGGUGGUAUUUUCCUAGCAGACUGACCAUGCUUAUUAUGUGUGAACAUUCAGCUGAUAAAGUCUGGUGCAAAACAUGAUUUGAUAUCUUGAACAAGCCGAUGGAAACGUGACAAGUGCAUUUUGAGAACCAAUCAACAGAGGACAAUGUCUUCCCCUGACAACUCCCUCGUCCUCUGUGAUCUUCCCCACACCGUCCUCCUCCACAUCUUCUCCUUCCUUGAGAUCCAGGACAUCAUCAACAUUGUCAGACAGACUUGUAAGCUGUGGUACGAGCUCAGCUACGAUCGCUACCUCUGGAAACACCUUGACCUUGAUCAUAUCGGAGACCACCUAACGGAUCAGUCGUUCCUUACGUUACUUGACAGUGUGUCUCAUCAUGUCGAGAAGCUGGACUUCGGGAUGGCUGUUCAUCUCACUGAUGGAUCCUUCAUGCAUAAGAACAUAUCGUGUCCUCAAAUGAAGUCCAUCAACUUCAGUUUGACAACAGUCAGUAAUGCAAGUAUUGCAUAUCUUGCUGAAAAAUAUCCAGAUCUGGAAGGAAUCGAGAUUAAUGACUGUAGCUAUAUUAAUAUUUAUAACUGCCUGGGUUACCUGUCCACUUUGAAGAAACUCAAGUCAGUGUCCUUUGAUGACUUUGGUUGUUCAGCUGAGCCAGAAAGGUUGAACAGAAAGCUGAAGGAGCUGUUUGUCUCAUGUCCUCGGCUGGAGACUAUAGUCAUAGAUUCGGAAGAACUGUCUGAUGAUGCUUUGGCAAGCUUGUUUGAAAACUGCCCGAAUAUUAAAAGUUUUGUCCUAGCGCAUUGUCAGUAUAUUUCUCAGGAUGCUUUUAUUGGCAUUAAAGGCACUGCCACCAAUCUGGUGAAUGUUGGUCUUGCUUAUACUCCAGUUGAGGACAAGGUGCUGAAGGUGAUUGCAGAGAGUUCCCCGUACAUGAAAGAGCUGGAUAUAACAGGCUGCAUCCACAUCACCGACAUCGGGGUGGGGCAUGUGGCUGACAACUGCCCAAAUCUUGAGAAACUUAUCGGGAAUCGAUUACAUCACGAGGGAGGUUGUAACAUCACUAAUGUCGGACUGAGUUCAGUCGCAAGUGGAUGCCCUAAACUGAAGAUCUUGGAUGUCAACUUCUGUGAUGGUGUGACGGACACUGGAAUCACUGCAGUGGCGGAACAUUGUCCACGACUGACCGAGAUUGGGUUGUCAGGAUGCGUAGGGAUCACAGACCGGGCUGUGAUAGCUUUAGCUGAACACUGUCAAUGGCUGUAUCAUGUCAACCUCACCGAGUGCAUUCAUGUGACUUCCAAGAGUAUCAUUCUCCUUGUGGCCAAGUGUCGAUGGCUCAGUAAUCUUUCCCUAGAGACCUGCCAUUACCUGGCUAAGAUAAAUCUAGACGAGUACCUCGGGUCAGGUGUGGAUACAAAAAACACAGGAGGAUGCAGAUCCAAAACGAUCACAGAUGAUGCAACAGAGAAAAGAGCCCCUAGAGCUACUGAAGAAUCAUCUCUUGAAUCAGUUCCAAAAACAAGUGCUUCUGUGACUAGCACAUCCCAUCCAGAUGAAGACAAGAAUCUUGGAGCAGCAGGUGUUGAGUGUGAUCCAAGUGUCCCUCAUUCUGGGCAAGUUAAGAGCCCUACAGGAGUUCAGACCUUCAGUACAAUUGGAUCGAGCUUGUGUAUGGAUCUUAGUGGUGACAGUGGUUUGUCUCUAGUUGUGCAGCCUCUACUGCCCAAUUCUAUCUUGAUAGACGAAGGAGGAAAGGGGAUGUCUGCCUGCUGUGUUUCAGAGUGUUCACCAGCAUCAGCCACAGAUCCACCAGAAGACGAUACUUCCCAGCUUGCAGAGGUUGCCUACGUCAACAGGUUCUUCCCUCACCCAAACCAUUCCCAUCUGACCAGCAUUCACCUCAGUUUCUGCUCCAAGAUUGCCAAUGACUCUAUCAAACAGUUGGCGAAACACUGCCCAGAUCUGAUGUAUGUGUCUCUUCGAGGCUGCUUCCUGAUCACAGACACUGCUGUGGAGGUUCUUGUGAGGUCUUGCCAUAAUCUCCACUUUCUGGACAUCUCGGGCGGUUCGGCCAUCCAGUCGAUGAGGCUCACGAAUGGGUCAUUGAUCGCUGUUGCAAACUACAGCAAGUCAUUGAAGAGCUUGAUGAUCUGCCGUAACAAGCUCAUCACCCUCGACGGCCUGCAGCGUAUCCUCCGUGACUGCAAGUCUCUGAUUGGAGUGUGGGUGACUGUCGGGGAUCAGUUGAGGAUAACGUUCAGUGGGGUGCUGGAGCUGGUGAAAGACAUUGACGACAGGUAUGUGAAAAUCACCAACACUUCCCAGGUUGAGGCCAAUGGUAAACAGGGGAACCUCUGCAUCUCACUCAUCCCCAAGAAGACUCCUCACAUCCGACUCCUCCAGGUUUGACAAGGUUCUCCUCAGAUGAAUCUCUCCUCCAUAUUGUCCUAUGCCAUCCCAAUCUUUUUGUUUUAUGUUUAAUAGGCAAAACCAGUUUAAUUAUUUGUUUUAUGUAUUUUUAUGCCGCUCAAAAGUAGGGGAAAUUAAUUUAAAAAACAUAAUUUUCACUGAUGACUAAAUUACUAUUGUGCCUUUUGUGUGUAUGGUACACUCCCAUCUUUUAAGGUUCAUAUGCAUUUGUUUUGGGUAAAAAAAUAUCAUCCGUUUGCUUCAGGUGAAAUGUUUUCCUGGAGUCCGUUGGAAACAACAAAAGUAGUCAAAAUAUGUCUUGUAACUUUUUGUUGUCUAACCAUAGUCCAAGUAUUGACACUAACAUCUUCUGAAAAUGAUGUCAAGUAGGAGUUCUAGUUUGUAGAAAGUUUUCAACACGGAGUGCAAAGGAAACAAUAGAACCUACUGAAACUGUGUAGGUAAAAAAACGGCAGCCAAACGCACUAAAAAAUAAACUAAAGAAGCUAUUUGAUGGAUCAUACAUUCAAGCAUUUCUUUGUUUCAUUGGUACGUACCAUGUAUUAUAGCCUUAUAUUGGGGAAUAUUUGUUUAGGGGUGUUUCUCCUUAGUCUUUGUUCAAACUGGAUUUUGAAGCUUCUUUUUGACUCCCAAAUCUUUUUGUUGCAAAGAUAUUUGCAUGAGGUCUUGCCUAUCAUUCUCAUCUUCGACCCUGAUCUGAUCUGAUCUACUAAAACUGGUGUGUAAGGCAUUCCAUCAGUAUAAAGGCAGAUAAGACUUGAUUCAUGUUCAAAGGCAGCCAUGUUGUUUUCCAUGAUGCUAUAAGGCGUUGAUGUUGUUGAUGGUGUAGGUGAGAUUCUUUCAUAUUGUGAUUAAGGCAUUUGUAUUAGAUUCAGUUAUUAAGAAUUAAUUGUCGUCAAUAGCGAUCAACUGAUUGAAUAACGGCACAGAAGCAUUACAAAUCGUGGAUACAUAUACAACUGAUUGCACAGUUGGACAAGUUUUUAUAAGAUGCAUGAUGAAUUAAAACAAUGGAGCUUUUUUCUUACUAGAAUAAUAUAGUUAUCAAACCAAUAUGAAUUAUUGAUGUGAAGGGGCGGUCGGGUAGCCUAGUGGUUAAAGCGUUCGCUUGUCACGCUGAAGACCCGGGUUCGAUACCCGACAUGAGUACAAUGUGUGAAGCCCAUUUCUGGUGUCCCCCGCCGUGAUAUUGCUGGAAUAUUGCUAAAAGCGGCGUAAAUCCAUACUCACUAUUGAGAAUUAAUUGUUGUAAGUAGCGAUCAACUGAUUGAAUAAUGACACAGAAGCAUUACAAACCAUGGAUACAUAUACGACUGAUUGCACAGUUGGACAAGUUUUUAUAAGAUGCAUGAUGAAUUAAAACAAUGGAGCUUUUUUCUUACUAGAAUAAUAUAGUUAUCAAACCAAUAUGAAUUAUUGAUGUGAAGGGGCGGUCGGGUAGCCUAGUGGUUAAAGCGUUCGCUUGUCACGCUGAAGACCCGGGUUCGAUACCCGACAUGAGUACAAUGUGUGAAGCCCAUUUCUGGUGUCCCCCGCCGUGAUAUUGCUGGAAUAUUGCUAAAAGCGGCGUAAAUCCAUACUCACUAUUGAGAAUUAAUUGUUGUAAGUAGCGAUCAACUGAUUGAAUAAUGACACAGAAGCAUUACAAACCAUGGAUACAUAUACGACUGAUUGCACAGUUGGACAAGUUUUUAUAAGAUGCAUGAUGAAUUAAAACAAUGGAGCUUUUUUCUUACUAGAAUAAUAUAGUUAUCAAACCAAUAUAAAUUAUUGAUGUGAAGGGGCGGUCGGGUAG